AUGGAGAAGAAGUAUGAAGAGGAUGGCUAUGACAGUCGGCAGAUACAUAACUCUGAUCGACCAGUCAACUACGACAACGAGGAUGUCUUUGGGCAUGAAGAAGGCCAUGAUAUCAAAUACAAGACUCUUUCGUGGCAACUUGUAUCCGUAUUAAUGAUCGCCGAGAUCGUAUCAAAUGGCAUGCUAUCCCUGCCAUCAUCUCUAGCCGUCGUGGGCAUCGUCCCUGGCCUGAUCAUCAUCGUCUUCCUCGGCAUCUUCGCAACAUACACAAGCUGGCUGCUAGUGAAGUUCAAGCUACGCCACCCUGAAGUCCACAACAUGGGCGACGCCGGCUACAUCCUCUUCGGUCCCGUAGGUCGUGAGAUCUUGUCCUUCGGAACGGUGGUCUUUGCCGUCUUUGCUACGGGCGGGCAACUCCUGGCUGGACAGUUGGCUCUAGGAGUGCUGAGUAACAACAAACUAUGUCUGAUGCUUUACACUGGUAUCUUCGCCAUCCCGACUCUGAUCUGCAGCUUCCCGCGAACUCUCGACGGCCUGAGCUGGAUUAGUAUCCCAUCUGUACUCUCGAUUAUGGUCGCAGGCGUCGUUGGCAUGGUGGGAGCUGGGCUGCAUCCCACUCCAGGCCACUUGAUCAGUAUAACAGUCCCAUCGACGUUCUUCGAAGCAUUCAUCUCUAUUACUAAUCCUGUCUUCGCUUACGCUGGCCAUUUUAUGUUUUUUAUUAUGGUGUAA